GGGCUAUGACGUCACGAGCUCCCGGCGCCGGCACUAAGCGUUCGGAACAUUUUGUUCCAAACGCUGAGCAGCGGAGUACCCUUUUAAGUCCCAUCCUUUAGGAAUAUCAGCCAAGUCAUUUUCCUUCCCAUCUACUAUCCUAAUCCUUCCAAUGAAGAAAGACCGUCUUUACACCUUAGAUCAAGUUAGGUGUCUAAAGUACUAUUUGGAGAGUCCUCGGAAUUCAAGGAAGGAUGAAAAUUUUUUAUCCUGUUCUCGGGCAAGAAAAAAGGUCACAAAGCCUGAAAACAAACCCUAGGGAGAUGGAUUAAGGGAUUAAGUAAGCCAUAUAUACGGCCCUUAGGUCACAAGAUCUCAAGUCUCCUCCCCUAGUUGGGGCUCAGUCUAAACGCUCUGUAUCCACCUCUUGGGUGGAAAGAUAUCUUGUUCCGCUAAAAUAUGUCUGAGGUGAAGCUUCUUGGAGCUCCUACUUGACCUUUGUCAACCACCAUCAGUUGGACAUACUGCCUUUGGGUGGUCUGUCUUGAACUCCACUUUGUCAGAAGGCCCUUCCUAAUGGGGUUACUUCUUGUAAGAUCCCCACUGUUCUGCUGGCAGGAGGUAAGGGAAGCAUUGAUUUCUAGCGUUAAUCUGUUUUCCCUUAGUCCUAAUAGCACAAAACCCCCUCCCGGGGGUGCUACAAAAAAUUAUGCACCAACGCUGUGUCCAGUUCUGCACCUCACCUGGUUCUGGAUGGUUGAAGUCUAGUUAACAUGUAAAAGACCAUCUCUGUAAGAUGACCACCCCUGAUCAUGACCACAGUUCUCUGUGAUGAAUGUUCAGUUCCCUUAUAUCCUUAGUAAUAUUGGCCCUGUUCAAUGAGAGAACCACCUGUCGAAAAGACCAUUUUUCCCUGCAAUUUUAGCUGGUCAUUUCACACUUUAUCCAUAACCCCUUCAGUGAACCUUUGGCAGUAAGUUAAAGGACAGAUGACAUGAGUUUUAGGGGAACAUGCACUUGCGUCACUACAAACUUACAGAAUAUCAAGAACCAUCUUGCAGAUGCCUUCUGAGACAUUUUAUUUGGCUUCUCUAUAGGUAGAUGAUGGUCAAUAGGAUGCCUUGAAUUUUCCAUUACCCCAGAGAUCUCCGCUCCGGGGACAUGUCCUGCCCUUCUAAUCAAUCAUACAUGAAAUGAAUUUGCACAUUAAAGAAAAGGUGCAGUUCUUGAGACGUGUUCAUUAUGCAAAAUGUGUAACGUUCGAGAGUCCAAAAUUUAAUAAACUAGUUUCGAUACCUACAAGGCUUGUGGUUGCUUUGCAAAUUAAAAACACUCAAGUGUGGUAGUGAGAAUCGCUCUAAGAAGUUCACCUGCAUUGAUAUGAAAUAGCUGUAGAUCCGACCUUUACAACAUGUAUUAGUAGCCUAGAAAUGACUGUAGGCCUAGGAGUGACUGGAGAUAGCUGAGGCACGUGUGGCAAAGGUCAGGCUAGAACUAACUAGAACAGUUUUAGGUCCACUUCUUUCCCAUGAAAAAGUAUAUACAAAGUACUGAUAUACAGUGCAGGUUUGAUAGCAGCUCACAAUAAAUUGACACACAUACCAUACACAGCACAACAGUAUAACAUACAGCAUGGGUCACCCUACACUAUCAUACCACAUGCUACACUAACAUUCCUGGACUCAUAAUAAAAUAAAGUCAAACAAUACAGCAUUGCAGGCAGUGAUGGGGGAUGGAAUAUGGUUUUGAGGUGAUGGGUAGUGCCUGGUUUCCUUCAGACAUGAUGCUGCCCCACCAUGAUCACUGUAGGGAUGGUAUUGGGUGGGUGAUGGGCAGUACCUGGUUUCACCCAGACAUGAUGCUGCCCCCACCAUGAUCACUGUAGGGAUGGUAUUGGGCAGGUGAUGGGCAGUGCCUGGUUUCACCCAGACAUGAUGCUGCCCCCACCAUGAUCACUGUAGGGAUGAUAUUGGGCAGGUGAGGGGCAGUGCCUGGUUUCCCCCAGACAUGAUGCUGCCCCCACCAUGAUCACUGUAGGGAUGGUAUUGGGCAGGUGUUGGGCAGUGCCUGGUUUCCCCCAGACAUGAUGUUGCCCCCACCUUGAUCCCUGUAGGGAUGGUAUAGGGCAGGUGAUGGGCAGUGCCUGGUAUCCUGUAGACAGGAUGCUGCCCCCACCAUGCUUCACUUUAGGGAUGGUAUUGAGCAGGUGAUGGGGAGGGCUGUUUUCUCCAGACAUGAUGUUGCCCCCACCAUGCUUCAUUGCAGGGAGGAUAUUGGGCAGGUGAUGGACACCUCAGGAGCAGCUCUAAUCAUCCAAUCUCCUCGAGAUACGUGCAAUCCGGAUGGCACUCCUUCAUUUUGCUCCCCUCAUUUGAGGGAAAGUUGCCAGAGUUCAGUCAGACAAAUAUGACUUCAGUACAUAAACAAACAGGGAGGCACAAGAUCGCAACCUCUCACUCUAGAGCUGGGAAGGAUCCGUGAUUGGGCAGAGACAAACCUCAUCCAACUUUCCGUAGUCCACAUACGUAGUCUACUUACUGGAGAAUGGUUCCUGCAUCCAGAAAUCUUCCAGAGGAUUGUCUACAGAUGAGGGAUGUUAGAGUUGCCUCUCAUGGCAUCGAGGUUCAUGCCAAAGUGAAGAGGUUCUGCUCCCUAUACAGAUUCUCUAACAUCCCCCAUCUGUGGCGAUAGAUAGAUGCUCUGACAAUUCCUUGGAGGUUCAGGCUGGCCUACAUCCUGCCUCUGUUUUCCUUGAUUCCCAGGGUAUUGAUGAAAAUCAGGUGGGAUCAAACUUCGGUCAUAACUAUCAUUCUCUUCUGGCUGAAGAGAUUCGGGUUUACCCAGCUCAUUCAGAUGAGUCGAGCAAUAUUGGUAUCUUAUACCACAGCAGACACUCGUGUCGUGGGACACUCAGAUCUGCCCAGAUCUGCACAGGCUAAACCUGAUAGCCUGGAGGUUGACCAGUCCCCUCCACAGUUAGGAGUUAUCUAAGUUGGUCUUGAGAACCCUAUCACAUUCAGAAUUAAUGAAUAAGGCGUACUCAAGAAUAAUGAAAAAAUAUUCUUAUCUUGGUGUUCUAGGAAUAAGGUGGCAUCUGCAGAUCAGCCCCUCCCAUCUAUCCUCAAAUUCCUACAGGAUGGCCUGGACAAGGGAUUGCCACCAUUUACAUUUUGGGUUCAAGUAUCCCCAAUUGCACUAUUUAUUAAUACCCGCUUAUCAAAAGGUUCCUGAAAGAAGCUGAAAGACUGAAGCCUACAAUUAUCAAACCCAUUCCGGACCGGAAUGGGAUUUAUCGGUGGUUCUUAAGGGGUUAUAAUCUCCCCCAUUUGAACUGUAGGAGGAGGAAGACUUCAAAUACCUCGCAUGUAAGUUGACAUUCCUUCUGGCAAUAACAUCGACCAAGAGAGUGUGUGAGUUACAGGCCUUUUUCAGCCUUGGAAGCUUAUUCGAAGUUCCUCCAAGCUUAAUCGAAGUUCCUCCAAGAUUUAUUCCAACCUUUCUACCUAAAGUACCAUCUUUUGGGGACCUGAACCAGGUCAUCUCCCUUCCGAUCCUGGCUCUUCACCCUGCUUCCUUAGAAAAAUAAGAGUUGCAUACUCUAGAUGUGUUGAGAUGCAUUUGGAUCUAUGUAGAUAGAUCCCAUGAUUUUGUGAUGUCCCAGUACAGGACAUGGUCCUGUACUACCCUUAGGCCCUGUCAGGUUGAGACCCUCAAUGACCUGGGAGCUCCCCUGCAAGGUCUCCCCCUGAUGUUCCAUAAUGUUGUGUAUAUCACUUUAAUACCUGUGGGAGGUAUGAAAAUCUCCUUGUCCUAUUCGCCGGUAACUGGAAAAGGUCGAAAGGCAUCCAAACUUACCAUCAGUAGAUGGAGAAAGGAGGCCAUAAGGCAAGCCUAUGAUGCUCAGUCGCUGGAUCCUCCGGAUUUCGUAAAAGUUUGUUCCAUCAAUGCUGUUGCAACUUCUUUUGCUGAAAGAAGUCUGCUCCCUUUGGACCUCAUCUGCAGUGCAGCUUUGUGGAGUUCAGUGCCUGCCUUCAUCUCUCACUACAGAUUAGAUACUAGGAUGUCUGAAUAUUCGGCCUUUGGGCAAACUGUGCUGAAUUCUGCCUGGCAGGAGAGCCCUCCCAUUGGGUAUUCAUCUGUGCUGCUGGUAGGACGUUAGGAAAUUGUUAAUUUCUAAUGAUAUUUUGUUUUCCCUUAGUCCUAACAGCAGCACACAAAUAUCCCCCCCUAUGUUAUGUUAUUUAUUUUGUGCUUGUUAUUGUGCAGUGGGCUGGGUUUAUCUCCUUUUUUAUGGAGGGGUUAAUUGUAUUUUUAAGAAUAAUUACUACCUGAACUAUAUAUAUACUACCAGUGCCAGGUAAAUUGUUAAUUGAUCUUCACUUCUUUUGCAGCAGAUGAACCCAGCCUUAUGUUGUGAGAUAAAUAUAGGUCACACCCACUGGUCUCUGAGCCUACCAACAAUGGCGUCUGCUGGUCUGAGAGAGAAGCUGGAAUGUUCUAUCUGUCUGAACUUUUAUACAGAUCCUGUAACCCUGAGAUGUGGACACAACUUCUGCCGGGUCUGUAUUGAUCAGGUCCUGAAUACACAGGACGGGUAUGGAGUUUAUUCCUGUCCUGAAUGUAGAGAAGAAUUUCAGGAGUGGCCGACACUGAUAAAGAACAUCACUCUAUGUAAUGUGGUGGAGAAUUUCCUGUCUACUCAUCAGGACGAGGCCGUAAUCUUCUGCACUUACUGUGUGGACUCUCCUGUACCUGCUGUGAGGUCCUGUCUGAUGUGUGAGGCUUCUCUGUGUGAUAAACACCUUAAAGUUCACAGCAAGGGACCAGAACACGUCCUGACUAAUCCCAGAACUUCCCUGGAGAACAGGAAAUGUCCCAUCCAUAAGAAGAUCCUGGAAUAUUACUGUACUGAGGAUGCUUCUUGUAUCUGUGUGUCCUGCAGUUUGGCCAGAGAACAUCGGGGACACCCAGUGGUGAAGCUAGAUGAGGCCUCUGAGGAGAAGAAGAAGAAACUGAGAAAUGUUCUGCAGAAACUGAUCACAAAGAGAGAGAAGACUGAGGAAAGAGUCCAGAGUCUGGAGGAACGCAGUAGAAAAGCUCAAGAAAAAUCAUCUGGAGAAGCGGAGAGAGUCACUGCCCUGUUUAUAGACAUCAGGAGACGGCUGGACGACCUGGAGAAGAGGAUCCUGAGUGAGAUCUCCAGGCAGGAGGAGAAGAUGUCACGGUCACUGUCUGAUGUCAUCCAGAAGCUGGAGAUAAAGAAGAACGAGCUGUCCAGGAAGAUGAGGGACAUUGAGGAGCUGUGUAACAUGACAGAUCCACUGACAGUCUUACAGGAUCCAGACACAGGUGACUUGUGUGAUCCUGAGGAGUUGGGAGGUGAUGAGGACACAGGGGGACAUGAUGGAGGUGAUGAGGACACGGGGGGACAUGAUGGAGGUGAUGAGGACACGGGGGGACAUGAUGGAGGUGAUAAGGACACAGGAGGACAUGAUGGAGGUGAUGAGGACACUGGGGGACAUGAUGGAGGUGGUGGGGACACUGGGGGACAUGAUGGAGGUGAUCAGAGUCUGGAGCUGAUAACACACACAUUAUGUGAUAUAAUAAGAGGUAUAAAUGUGACCUUCUAUGUUCUGGAUCCUGUUGACCUAAUUCUGGAUAUAAACACAGUUUAUAAUAAGAUCCUUAUAUCAGAUGACCUAAAAACUGCAACCUGGACAGAUACAGAGCAGAAUCGUCCAGAAACAGAAGAGAGAUUCCAGAAUUAUCAGGUGAUGAGCAGCGGGAGAUUCUCCUCAGGACGACAUUACUGGGAUGUGGAGAUCAGUGGGUCAGGACUGUGGAUGGUGGGGAUGUGUUAUCCCGGUAUAGACAGGAGGGGAGAUCAGUCAUUCAUUGGAUAUAAUAACAAGUCCUGGGGUUUGCGUGGAGGACUGUGGUGUAAUAAUAAAUAUUCAAUGAUACAUGACAGUGAAGUGAUCCUGUUACCCCACCAGAUCUGCAGUGAUAGAGUCAGGAUCUGUCUGGAUUAUGAGGCCGGGCGGCUGUCCUUUUAUGAGCUGUGUGACCCCAUCAGACACUUACACACCUUCACCACCACCUUCACCGAGCCCCUUCAUGCUGUAUUAAAUGUAGAUUUUUGUUCUAUAAAGAUAUCAGGGGGAGGAGCAGCUGUGAGGAAACAUCAUCAUAGAGGAAAUCUGCCCAGAGACUGGUGACAUCACAGGGAGCAGAAUCUGAUUGGUGGAGCAUUCAGCCAAUAGGAUGUAACAGUAGGUUUGGCUACAUCUGAGCUCCUCACAUCCAUCAUGGUGCUGAUCAUGUUAUUAUGAUGGGACUUGAGCAGAAAAAAUCAAGGGGACUCCUUUGUGACUCGUACCUUCCAGCUCCGUUAUUUGCGUCUGAAACGGAGCUCCUGAAGGCUGAUGUGAACCCAGCCUUACCAAUGGAAGCUCAGAAUUAUAGAUUUAAAGGCAAUGGAUCACCUAGAAUUGUUUUAUUUUUCUGAUUAGAGCCAGAUACUAAAACCUGUUCUUUUUUCUUAUCUGUUUCUAUUUUCUUUUUUUCAUUAUUUAGUUUGUUGUACAUUAUUAUGGGGGAGCUGUCUUGGCCAAACUGUUGUUAACUCCUUCAGGACGAAGGGCGUACCUGUACGCCCUACGCCCGGUGUUUAAAAUGGGGUGACACCGUGACCCCGCAUCACACCGAGUCGGUCCCGGCUGCUAACGAUAGCCUGGACCUGGGGCUAAUAGCGUUCGGUACCGAUCGUUGUGCUGCGCGCUAUUAACCCUUCAGACGCAGCGAUCAAAGUUUAUUGCCGCGUCUAAAAAAGAAAGUAAACGCUUCCCGGCAGCUCAGUCGGGCUGAUCGGGACAUCGCGAUAAAAUUGCGAUAUCCCGAUCAGCUAGGACGCGAGCGGAGACCCCCUUACCUUGCUCUGUCGCGUUCGAUCGGCGUGUGAUUGCUCCAAGCCUGAGCUACAGGCUUCAGCAAUCGAGCCCCUAUCUCACUGAUCCAUGCAAAGCUAUGGCUUUGCAGGGAUCAGGGUAAAAGAUCAGUGUGUGCAGUGUUAUAGCUCCCUAUGGGAUAACAAUGAUCAGUGUGUGCAGUGUUAGUCUCCUAUGGGAGCUAUAACCCUUCAAAAAAAAGUGAAAAAAAAAGUUAACAAAGGUCAUUUAACCCCUUCCCUAAUAAAAGUUUCAAUCACCCCCCUUUUCCCAUAAAAAAAAAAACUGUGUAAAUAAAAAGAAACAUAUGUGGUAUCGCCGCGUGCGGAUAUGUCUGAACUAUAACAAUAUAUCAUUAAUAAAACUGCACGGUCAAUGGCAUACACGCAAAAAGUUUUUAUAUCAUGAAAAAAUGAAUAAAAAGCGAUCAAAAAGUCCAAUCAAAACAAAUAUGGUACCAAUAAAAACUUCAGAAAACGGUGCAAAAAUUGAGUCCUCAUACCGCCCCAUAUGCGGAAAAAUAAAAAAGUUAUAGGGGUUAGAAACAUUUUUAACGUAUACAUUUUCCUGCAUGUAGUUAUGAUUUUUUUCCAAAGUACGACAAUACCCAACCUAUAUAAGUAGGGUAUCAUUUUAACUGUAUGGACCUACAGAAUAAAGAUAAGGUGUUAUUUUUACCGAAAAAUGCACUGCGUAGAAACGGAAGCCCCCAAAAGUUACAAAAUUACAUUUUUUCUUCAAUUUUGUUGCACAAUGGAUUUCUUUUCUGUUUCGCUGUGGAUUUUUUGGUAAAAUGACUAAUGUCACAGCAAAUUAGAAUUGGUGGCACAAAAAAUAAGCCAUCAUAUGGAAUUUUAUGUGCAAAAUUGAAAGCGUUAUGAUUUUUAGAAGGUGAGGAAAAAAUUAAAAUGCAAAAACGGAAAAACCCUGCGUCCUUUAGGGGUUAACAGCAUUUAGAGAUAGGCAACAGUAGACUGAAGCUGCCCGAUUGAUAUGAAUUAGAAAGGUAUCUGGGCAUCCUCUGUGAUCUUUGCAGAGGUCAUUUCACAGGGAGAGGGAGGCUAAUCUGUAAGAAACAGCUUUUGUUUGUACCUCUGUUAUCUAUAUACCAGUGUCACCUUUCACUGUAAUCCUGUUUGUGGAAAUGAUCUGUACAGAACAGGAAGUUUCAGCUUAAAGUGUAUCUGUUGCUUUAAAAAACCUUUUGAUUGGUUGAGAUCUGAGUGUUCAGACCCUGACCAAUCGCUGGAUAGAGCGGGCAGAAAAGCAUGGUUAAAAGAGACAAUCCCAUACACUUACAUAGUAAGUUUGUCUCGCUUAGCACACUCUUCUCCUGGCUCGUCCCAGCGAUUGGUCAAGGUCAAGACACUUUCCCUUUAAAAUAUAAGGCUUUGGCUGCCUGCAGGGACCGCUAGGAGGCACUCACCGCAUACUGUUUUACAUUGAACCCAAUAAGACAAUAUUCUGUAAACACCAGAGCUCUCAAUAGUGAAAGCUGCAGCCCAUGUACAUUAAAGGGUUACUCCAACGUCAA